AUGGACCAGCAGGAAACUUCAGCGAACCCUGAUGAAGAAAUCGAAUUCCUGGAGGAUGAUUUUGAGGAAGUUGUAGACUUUGGCGAUGAAGGUGACAACGGUGAAGGUAUAUAAAAAUGCACGUGGGAAUGAUCUAAGAAAUGCCCUUAAAAUCAAUAGAUUGUUGUCAUCAUUUUUGUCGAUUGUCGGUAUAUAUAGAAACAAAAUAUUCGCAUUUCAUACCAGUAGUAGUGCAUAUUAUGUCACGCGCUCGCCCUCUAGCGCUGAGUGUAUAUUAGUAGGAGAAAUAAAAUGAAAAAAUUAAUUAUUACUAAUUAAAGUGGAUGAAACAGAUAGGCCUUUCUUAUAGCUUGUAUGUUUUGUUUUCGAAAUGGGAAAACAAAACACACAAGUUUGAUUUGUGAGAAAAAUCCCUUUGCAAGAAAAUGUUGACCUGAAGUUAUCAUUAUCAUUUUGGCCAUUGAUUCUCACAGUCUCGUUGAGCUCAUAUUCAGUGUAAAAAAAAAUGAGCUGACGUAAAACAGGAGUCAAAACAUCAGAGGCUAGGGAAAACAAGUAAAAAAAUCCCUUUAUACACAGAUGAUGAGAGACUUUAUAACCAACUAAAUCAUCAACAUCAUUCUUAUUGUUAUCCUUGUAAUCAACCACGUACAUUCAUAUAUACUGCUAAUCAUCACCAUCAUCACGGUCAUCAUUAUCAUCAUCAUCAUCAUAACAAUAAUAAUCAACUUUAUUUAACGAGGGUAACACGGGACAGUACUUCAACUGAUGGCCCUCAAACUAAAAUUAUAAAACAAAAAUUAAGUAACAAAAUACAUAUCGUUAAAUCAUCGUCUACAUCAUUAUUAUCCUCAUUGAUGUAUUUCAUUUUAUUAUAUUGUCAUUAUCUUUACUUUUAUCAUAACUAUUGUUAUUUUCCAGUAAAUUUUAUUUAUUUUUCAUCAGAUGGACUGGCCAUUGGGAUAGAAGAUGUUGACGUCGGCGAUGAAGGGGAUGCAAAUGGUGACAUGGAUGCAAAAGAUGAAAAAGAUGAUGCGGAAUUGUGCUACAUGAAGCAUACAGGUAAUACAUAUAACAUUAACAUGUAGUAAACUACAUGAAAUUUGUCCACUUUUCAGUUAUAAAUGAGCAGAAUGGCAGGUGAGGGAACUCCCCAGUUUCUGCUCUGCUCCCUGUAUAUUUACGCUUUGGCUGGAUUGAUUUGCUCUCCUUCAUGACAUUAAAGAGGGACUGUUCUAGAGUUCAUGAUUCAUGAUGGUUCAUGAUUUCUUUUUCUUUUUCUCAUUAAAAAAUAAUUAAAAAAUGGAUGGGGAACAAGUUUUUGACUUUGCUCAAGUUAAAAUAUUUAUUUUUUAACCUACCAUGAAUUAAAAAAAAAAAACAGUUAUAAUGCAUGCAUUUAUUCAGCUAUGAACAUUUUUAUUAUAGCUGAUUUUUUUGUUAUGUCAAUGUUGUUAUCAGCUUCAGUAUUCUCAGUGUCACUGGACCCAGUUAACAAUUCUAUGGCAGUUACUGGUGGCGAAGAUGACAAGGCAUAUGUUUGGAGAAUACAAGAUGGAGAGACGCAUAUGGAAUGUCUUGGUAGGUUUUGAUAAAGUGGAGGACGUUAUGAGUGUUGAAGUAAGUCAGCAAAUACUGCCAUGCUCUGUCAAAAAAACUCAAAUACUUUAAUACAAUGCUACAAUUAAUUAAAUGACUAAAACAACUAACUACACCAUAUAAGAAAUUAUUUAAAAUGUAACUGCAAAUAAAUUCCAGCUUUCCAAAAUGAAAGCUAGCCUCAUUUCAGAUAGGAGCAAGCAAAAUACUGUAUUAUCAGCAUACUGCACACUGGCAACACACCCUCUCCCCCACUAAACAUUUGAUAAAUAGAAGUUUCUCUUGUCUUUUUUUGUCAUAAAGGUCACAAGGACUCUGUGACUUGCACAGCAUUCAGCCACGAUUCUAAGUUUGUUGCCACUGGAGACAUGAGUGGUCUGAUCUUAGUCUGGGAUGUUGCAACAAAAAAGCAAGUUUGGAACUUUGAAACCACAGAUCUAGAGGUACAAUUUAAAACUUAUAUGUACAGUUGCUGUUGAACUGUACGUAAAUCUAUAAAGGACACACUGAGGAGUGAGGGAGGACCUACAAGCUGACCAAUGUAAAGCAGAACCUCAUUUUAUGAUAAAUUACAUACUAUAUUCUUCACUGAGUAUAACCAACCUGUGUUCGGUCUAUGUUUACUUUAAACCCAACUAAGAUUACUUAAUCUUUGGAUCUUAAAUUUGGUUUUGCAACAAUGCUUAAAUAUGUUUAUUUUGGUGUGACUCCGAUACAGCAGUACUGCAAGAUGUAUGUAAUGUGAUGUAGUAUUUCCACCAUUUUCAUCAAUAUAGCUGACUUCUUGUUUUAUGUACAUGUAGUAUUAGUAGAAGUCAUCAUCAUCAUUGUUAUUGUCAUCCUUAUCAUCGCCAUUAUUUGGAUGUUUGGUGAUUUAAAUAUUAGGGGGACUUGUCUUAUAUUAGUGCAAGAUAUAAAAGGAAGAAAUAUUUACAUACGAAACAGCACUGUCACAAUAAAUAAUGAUUCCUUCUGAAGCCUGAACUCCUGUGAAGUUGUAUAAUAUUUUAUUCAUAAAUAGAAGUUAAACCUAAACAAGUAGAAGAAGAUAGAUAAUAUUUAAACUUAAGUUGUUAUUUCUGCUUUUCAGUGGUUGGAGUGGCACAAGGAAGCACAUGUAUUGCUUUCUGGAACAGUCGAUGGUAGUGUGUGGAUGUGGAAAGUACCCAGUGGAGAUUGCAAGACUUUUCAGAGUCAUGGAUGCAGAUCAACUUGUGGAGUACUCAUGAAAGAUGGUACAGGAAUAUUUUAUUAUUAUUUUUUAUUUAAUCACUUCUACCAUAUGAGGUGGAACACAGCAGAACAGGGUUCUAAUUUAAGCAUGUUCUUACAGAGAACCCACCCAGCCCAGAAGAGGUUGGCCACACCACCGGGGUAUACACUCCUACUCUAUUCGAACAGUGGUGUGAUUUCUUUUACAUCACUCAAGAAUCAGAUAAGUGAAAGUGCUGUGAGACGGGACCUAUGGUUUUUCAUCCUUGUUCGAGAAGACUGGAAAGUCUAACCAUUUGCAGAAGUCGUUGCAAAGGCAACAAUUUCUCCUCAGUUAUUUUAAAGACCGUGAGUGCUGGUCCAGCCGGGGUUUGAACCCGCGACCACCCUCUCAACAGAGGGGUGCUCUCCCAACUGAGCUAACCAGGCGGCAGUUUCUGAAAAUUAAAAUUUUAGACAUACCCCCUGGAACAGUGAUAGAGUACUAGUAUAGUAGAGAGACCCUGAUAGGGUAAAACUCCGACAAGCGACAUGACCUUGAAACAAUGACAUAAGACAGAUGAAAUGGCAACGAACAAAUUUCAUACAAAUUACCGUUUUGAUAACUUCAUCCCUAGGUAAGAGAGCUACUGUAGGAUAUGAGGAUGGCAGCCUUAAACUUUGGGAUUUGCGACAAGGAAUUCAUACCUUCCAUCUAUCAGGUAACUAUAGAAACUUUAAUCAGUAACAUUGGUAUUGACAGUAACGUUCUGGAAUUGAGAUUUAGCAUAGCAUUAACUCUUACUUUACUUUGAGCAUGUUUUUAUUUAAGUCAAGGCAUACACUGGACAUUGACACCUGUAAUGAUAUACAGUCGACUCUCUCUUAACGUACACCUCUAUAAGACGGACACCUCUGUAAAACAGACACCUAGAGUUGGUCUCUGCCUUUCUUUACUCAUUUUAUUUAACUCUUUAUAAUACGGACUUCUCUCUAAGAUGGACACUUAGAACCGGUCACAAAGGUGUCUGUGUUAGAAAGAGUUGACUGUAGUUAUUAUCUGACAUUCGUUAAUGUUGAUAUCUCAGACAUGGACACUAAUGAUAAGGAUGACAGUUAUGCUGACAUUGUCAUGAACAUCACCAACAGAGUCCUCAUAAUGUUACUGUCAUCCUCAUCAUCUGUCAACAUCACCAUCAUCAUCUCUCAUCAUCACUCAUCGCUCAUCAUCAUCAUCAUUAUCAUCAUCAUGGUCAUUGUCCACUCCCUAUAUCCACUUUGUUUGACAUUAACAGACGUUGACAUUGACAUGUACAGUUACACAUUAUCAUAUCCUAAAUACAGUCAACUCUCUCUAAGACGGACACCUUUGGGACUGGCACAAAGUGUCCAUCUUAGAGAGUGGUCCGUCUUAUAGAGAGUCAAAUAAAAGGAGUAAAGAAAGGCAGGGACCAACUCUAAGUGUCCGUUUUACAGAGGUGUCCGUCUUAUAGAGGUGUCCGUUAAGAGAGAAUCAACUGUAUGGGUUUUCUAUGAAUCAAACAAUAAUGUAACUUUGUAGAUGGGACUGCACAUCAGGGAUCAAUAACUUGCAUAGAUGGAAACCGAGAUAACGUGCUUGUAGCAACAGGAUCAGAAGACUCUACUGUCAAAAUAGUGAACACCAACACUGGCAAGGUAACUUAUAAACAGGUCACAGAAAAAAAUCGCUGAGAACAAAAUGUCUUAAAAUCACUUAACAUUCAUGGUACACAUAGGAAAUGUUUCUGGUAAAUGGUACAUUUAUGUAUUUCUAAACUCGGCAUUGAAUCACAACUUUUUUGCAUGGAUCAGGAUUGGCAGAAUGGAGAGUAACUGUUGAACUGUUGUGAGUAGAAGUGGAAACUUCUUAAUGAUCACUUUGUUAUUUUGCCCAGCAAGAAAAAUAGUUUUUGAAGCUUACAUGAAUCAUGUGCAAUUUUCUUAUCAAUUGUUUUUCAAAACAUAUAGGUUUUAAGUACAUUAGCUGCUGGAUUUCAAGAAAAUGGCAAUGGAGAUUCUCCACCCUCCAUUGAAGCUGUUGGAUUCUCUCCUCAGUAAGACAGUAACUUUAAUCAUAUAGCCUCAUUUUUACCUAAUGUUUCAGCAAGAGGUUGUACAUUUUUUCAGUCAACUCUUUGACUCCCAAAGGUGACCAACAUACUUUACUGAAAUUUUUGCCACAGUAACUCAACAUGGUGACAGAGAAUGAAACAGGACUUUCAUCCCAGUUGAUAUCAACCCCUAAAACAUCCAGCCCAUGCAAGGUUGUACCUCAACAAUCUCCUCUUAUCAAAAUAUACUCAUGAUCAUGAGAGAAGGUUACAAGAAUUAUCACCAAAGAGAAAAAUUAAUGGUUUGAUCUUUUAUCAAAAUCUUUCAAAUAAUUCUUUAAGGAAAUGUAUGGAGGUCAGAAUGGAGAAUUUGUAUGUAGAUAUUAGGGCUUACAACUCCCACUGGAGUCUGUGUUAUAAAGAGUUGACUGUAAUCAAGGAAAAGCCACGUGCAAGCUCCUACUACAUCUUCACAGGUAUCCCACUUACCUAAGUGCCAAUAACCUGUAGAGGACCUUUAAUAGACUGCUUCUUUGCCCCACACUCAUGACAUUCUGGUGAUCAAAUCUUUCAUGUUUAUCUUCACCAGCAUUCUAUAUUUUAGGCCAAAUAUUUAAUUAGUUCACCCCAUUAUUUUAGUCACAGACAGCCCAUUUUUUCACACCAUUCUCGCACAGACAAACCACUAAGCCAAGUUUACACGAUGUUUCUUCAUAGUCAACCCAUGCUGGCAACUGCAUCCUUGAGUGGAGUACUUGGAGUGUGGGAUUUAUCAUCAAACAGACUGCGACAACAAUGUAAACACCCUGUAAGUACAGUGAAAUGUGUUACAUGUGUUUCUUGAGGAGAAUAUUAAAUACCACAACAGGAAAGCAGAUGGCAAGCAUACCCAUCUCUUUUGUGUAAGAGUCCCCCUCUAGAGUGAUCAAUUCAUCUAAGUUUUAUUAUUUUUUAAAUGUUACAGGGUGGAAUAGUUCGGCUCAAGUGGGACUCAGCAGCACCUCUUAUAUACACAGGCUGCCUGGAUGGAAUCAUCAGACUGUGGGACAGUCGGUCUGGAAACUGUGAAAGAGAGUGGUAUGGACAUAGUGGAGAGAUCCUAGAUCUUGCUGUAGCAAGGUAGGUUAAUAUUAUUACAGUUUAUUUUAUGGUUACAAUAGUACACACACGCUGAUUGGUGUUUUCUUGUGAUGACCGGGCAUUAUUUUCUUCUAAUGACCGCGCAUUACCAGCUAGGUGUCCAAGGCAUAUACAAUCUGUGUUUAGGGUGAUACUAGACAUCCUUAUGGACAUCCAUGUUAUGGUCAAUUGACAGCUGUCAAAAAGGGUAUCCACUGACCAGUGUCACCUGUCUGUAUCACGGGCUCAAGUGUACAACUCAUUGAUGUGACGUAUUUUUUAAAGUUAUCUGCUGACCAAUAUUGUUGGUUUUAAUUGAUCGCAGGCUCAGGUCCUUAAUAAAAAGGCCAUAUAAUAAAAAACUUAUUAACUUAGUCUGUUUGGUCAUUACAGGGAAAUCUCAGAAGAUGAGUCCCAGGACUCACCAUAACUAUUUGUAACAAAAACACUGCUUUGCUACUAGCAUGAGUACACUACAACAUCGGAAAUUAUUUCUUGUUGCAGAGAUGGAAACUUUCUGGUAACAGGAUCUGGGGAUGGUACAGCAAGAGUGUUCACAGUACAAACGCCAGGGAGAUGAUUAGUAAAAUUAAAGUAGCAAACUUCGUUGAUUCGCAAGGGAAGAAAGCGGCUUACAAUCCGAAAUCGUGAUUUUCAAACCGCUAGUUGGACCAUUAAUAUUUUAUAAAGUCAUCUAUACUACUUGAUAAACAUAUAAAAGACAAAUUGUUUACAUGUAAAGCUACGUACAAACGGACGCAACAACUCCCAACAACACGCAACAACUCUCAACAACACACAACAACACGCAACAACUCUCAACAACGCGCAACAACACGCAGCAACUCUCAAUAACACACAACAACACGCAACAACUCUCAACAACACGCAACAGGGUGUGCAAAUGGACGCAGCCAUCAACAAGGAUACGUCCGUUUGCACGGGGCUAUGUUCGGUGGCAAAGAGUCGCGACUGUUCACAAUUUUAGCGAUAUCUGAUCGACAGGCAAGUCUGGCUGUUUGAGGCUCUUUUCCCUGCAAAUUUCUGCAAAUAUUCGUGAAUCCGCAAUGCUUUCGUAUAACUCGGUUUCAAAGUAUUGGCUAGCUUUAAAAUUUACUGAAGUAUUUGACUAUUCUCAAGGUUAACUAAUUGUGGAAUAAGUCUACUUUUGGUCGAAGACCAAAACAGCAAAUGUUUGUAAAAUCAUGUAAACGGGGGGGGGGGUGCUUACUAGUUGAGCCCGCGCUAAACUGUAAGCUCUUCAACCCCGCAGCUGGGUCUGUUAUAUGGCAUGAUAUUUUUCCAUCUCACACAAGUAGCUUUUUGGAAAAGAGGAUAAAGUUGUCGUGUACAUGUGAUCAGCUGUUACUGAACCUUAGGAGAUCUUGAGCGCAUUGGGUCAUUGAUUUAAACGGAGUUUAGCUAGUGUUAACGUUAACACCGUAUCUGCUACAGCUGGUAAGGUGUGAAAAUAGAUUGAUGUCGCUCAACAGAAGGACGAAACAACUGAAAAAUAAAAAAAUAUUUCUUUAAUAUGAUCCGUUAUUGAAGCAGAACUUUUACAACUGAACACUUCCAAAUUAC